GGUGUGUGUGAUGAUGAUGAUGAUGAAGGAGGAGGAGGAGGAGGAAGAUGAUGUAUCACACACAGACUGAGGAUCAAACGUCGACCUGCUGUUGUCUGAUUGGUUGUGAACCUCCCGGCUGGACUGGGCACUGAGGUAAAUACGUGUGUGUGUGUGUGUGUGUGUGUGUGUGUGUGUCGGCCAUCUGCAGACCUGGAUAAUCCCUGAGAGCAGAUUAGAGAGGAAACACAGACACACACCAUCAACACCUCCGAGAAAACAUCUCACUGACCGCAGACGAGCUGCUAUGAGGAACCGCUCUGCCAUUUGGGAAAGUUUGGGGGACAUCGACGACGUCUCUGAGGCUUUUAUUGUGAAGGAAUAAGACUUUUAAAGUUUUGAUUGGCCAUUGGUGACGCAGGAGUUUUGAAGCUGGUGUGGAAACACUUUUACUUCCCUGAAACACAUUCGGACUUUUUUUUAGCUUUUAUUGUGAAAAUCAGAGGCUGCACAAACAUUUAAAUGCUUUUUGUGAUGGAUGAUACUUUUACUUUGAAAGAGCUCUGAGCGGAGGACUCUGUUUGUGGAUUGUUGAGUGGUUUUAUUUUGAAAAUUGACAUUUUUAAGGAUUUAUUUUGAAAUCGUGUGCAGUCGUGAAUUUGAUUUUUAUUAUGGUGAGUUGAAACAUCUGUUUUUAAGAACCCGGGGCUUGUACUUCGAAGGAUUAAUUAGAAAGAACAGAAAAAACAACAAGAAGAAGUUUUGACAAUGGAUUCAGAAAUUUCCGGGGCUCUUAUUGUGAAAAGAUCGUCAUCGUGUGAUCCGUCCUGAGGGCGGAGGCUGACAUCAAACAGCCAAUCAGGAUGAUUUCCUAUGUGGAGUGUCUGGGCAGGGAAGGGGCGGGGCCUGGCGUGGGGUCAAGCUGCUGGAAUGGCGAUCCCGACGAAGAGCGCGAUGAGCUUCUCCCGCGCAAGAUGGCUGCCCUGCAACCGAAAACAGAGGGCAGCCUGCGUCGGCGCCUUCUCAGUGCCAAACUCCACCAGCACCACGGCGCCAUUUUGGGGCUGAACGCGGGUGGUGCAGGCAGACCCGGGACGCCCUCAGGUGACAAAAAGCCCCUCCCGCCUCACCUUCAGUAUCCAGGCAGCAGCCCUUGGAACCACCACCAGCACCUCCCCCCACGAUCCCACGUCCACCCUUCGAAUGCUCAUGGGAAGCUUUUCCUCGCCCCAGAGACUUAUGGGAAACUCAGCCAACAAACCCCACCCCUUCAGCUACCACGCUCCACCUACCCAGUCCUCACCCAGCGGAGCCGGACAGGUUCAUGCCCCCCCACACCGGAGCCCCGCCCCGGCUACACCCUGCCCAUCCCCUCCCCUCUCGGCGCUCCACCGCACCUCAGGGAGCCAGAGGUGCCGCCACAGUACCACUACCGGCCGAGCAAGAGGCGCAGAACUGGGUUCUUCUGCUUCAGAUCCCGCCGAGGGAGGAGCUCCGGGCUGGAGACGACACAAACCACACCCCUUCUGCAUAGAGCAGGGGAUGGGGACAGUAAGUGGUCUGUUCACUACACUACCCAGAAGCCCCAGCAGGGUCUGCUCUUCGUCCCUGGAAAGAGACGGUCCGGCAGCGCUGAUGACCUGCGAGGUCAGAGGUCGACAGGAAGCAACGUCUCAGCAUGUAACGGGCUGACUCAGCAUGGUUACAGCCGAACAGUCGGCUCUCAGCUGCACCCGCCUGGCCCCACCCCCCGCCCAUCCUCCUCUGGCCUCGACCAAUCAGAGGGCAGCAAAGCGCGCAGAGGGUGGAAGGACAAAAGCAGGAGGAUGUCCUCAGCAUGCUCAGAUGAAGAGGAGAGGUUCAUCUUGAACAACACGCGACCUCUGACCCCCCUGGUCCUCAACCCCGUUCAUCGCACCUCCUGUUGGGAAGUCUUUGCCCCCACUUACGAGCUGACAGCGGACACGGAGAUAGAGCCAACCCCCCGGCUUCCGACUCCAGAGGAGAGGAUGAGGCAGCAGGCGGAGGCAGUCCCAGCUGAUAUAGUUCCGAUCAAUAUAACAGGAGCAAGUUUUGAUCGUCAGGCCAGCUUUCGAAAAGUGGUUUCUAACACCGACUCGUUAUCCCGGCAACCCCGCAACCUGAGCCGCCGCAAGACAGUAACCGGGGUACCUGAUGAUGUCAGCAGGAAACGUGACUCUCCUUCGGUUUCUUCCAUUCUUCCCGGUCAGUUCUCCACCGCUGGUCGAACUGCCUCAUCCUCCUGCAACUCCACCCACCAACAGGAGAACAAAGGGGAGGAGGUGGAGAGGGGAGAGGUCAGAGAGGAGGGGCAGGUCCCAGCAAGGAGGAUCCGAGCCCCAAGAGGAAGGGGGAUGUCCAGCCUCAUGGCCUCUCUUACCUCCUCCCCACCCGUCGACUACUCUUCAUCCUCCUCAGACGUCCACAGCCUCCCCCGCAUGGCAACCAACUCCUCCCUGAACUCUGAGGCCAGCUGUAGCAGUGCCUCCUACAGGACACUCAGUGCCUCCUCCUCUUGUUGCCAGUCGCAGGAUCUACAGGGUUUCCCCAGCGCCCUCCAGCCCCUGCUGCCCUUUGACCCCACUGCCAGAGUCAUCCCCCAGUCUCCCUCCUCCUCCUCCUCCUCUUCUUUACCUUCCUCCCCGGUCACCUCCUCCCUCCCCAGUACCCCCAGCCAUGCCCUGCAACCAGAGUGGUCUUACCCUAGCGAUAAGUCUCUGAAUGAGGCUGCCCAACAUCGCAGUUCCCUGUCCUCCUCCCACUACCUCUCUUCCUCUUCCAUUGCGGAGUCUGAGUCAGAGUUUGGCUGCCAGGCUCUGGAUGACCAGACUCCCACCCAGCAAGAGACGUGGAACUACCAGCCCCUGUCUCCCAGCUCCAGCAUCCACAGCAGCCAGACCGGGAGUGACUGGACAGGCAUUACCCAGGAAAUGAGAUGUGUUUCUGGGGAAGGUUGGAGCUGCGAUCCCCUGCUUUCCUCUGGUCGCUCCACCCCCUCUCAUGCUGACUGCAACUCUUUGUGUUCAGAGAAAAGGCCCACCUCUCCCUUGCUAAAUCGGGAGAAAAGAAAGCACAGCACUUCCUCUUCAUACUCGUGCAGCAGCACACGCAGCUUCUCCCUCCGCAAGUCCAAGCGCCCGCCUCCUCCGCCAUUGCGCUCUGACUCUCUGAGGCGCCGCCCGGGUCGUAGCAAACCCUCCCGCUCCUCCUCUAGUCCCCAUCCGGUGCGGAGCCCCCACCUGGAGCACACCACCCAUCAGACCCCUGCAUCAUCCCCACAGACCUUUGAUGACCCCUGGGUACCCCGAAGCAACACCAAAAGACGCCAGAGUGGGUUUAACUGUGGGACAGUAACAACCUUUGAACCUCUAAUCCCUGACUGCCAGGCGGCUACCUCCACUGAUGAUCCUACUACUGAACAGCUACUGCCGAGCCCUGGGCACCCACAUGCCCACGUCUUCACUCCUGAGUCUCCAGGCUCAGAGGAGGAGGGGCUAAGACUUACUCUCAACCCCCAACCAGCUGCUGUGGCCGGGCUUCAGCGCCUUGCUUCACCAUCCAGUGGCUACUCCAGCCAGUCCAACACCCCUAUACCUGGCACUCCUGUGUCCUCCCCCCUCUCCCCCUCCUCGCCUCUCGCAGCAAGCCCUGGAGCCUUCUCCCUCCCCCCGACCUCCCCCUUCUCCUCUUUACACUCAUCUUCCUUCCCCCUUUGCCCUGCCGUCUCCUCCGUGCCCAGGGUGAUGUCUCGGGCCGAAGGGAAGCCGAAGCCACCGGUGCCAGAGAGGAAGUCGUCACUCUUCUCAUCCCUGUCCUCCUCAUUUUCCUCCACCUCCUCCCUCUCCUCUUGCACCUCCUCAGACUCCUCUGCCAAGCAUCCUCUUCUCCCCGCCCCACCUCCUCCUCCUCCUCUACCAGAGUCUUCCUCUCCUUCGCCUCCUGUCUUCUACUCCCCCUUUCCCGAGUCCCUUCCUCCACCUCCUCCUCUUCCUCAGCCCUGCCAGCCUGCUCCUUCCUUCACCAAACUCUCUGCUGCUCCUCCUCCUCCACCAUCAUCCCUUCCUCCUCCACCUCCCCCACCUCCUCCCCCUCCUCCUCUUCCACCCUCAUCCCUCCCUAGUCCUCCUCCUCUACCUCCUUCCUCACGGCCUCCUCCUCCCCCCUACUCGUACACUGUCAGACAGGCCUCCCACGGUCUUGUGUCCACCACGUCAUCAUCAACCAACUUCCCUCCUCCACCAACCUCUCCCCCUCUGCCCGCAUCUUCUCCUCUCCCUCCCUUGUCAGAACUCUCAGAAUUGCCAAUUGCUGAUCUUCCUCCACCACCACCACCUCCUCCUCCUCUCCCCGCAUCCCCUGCCACCCCGCUUUCCUCACCAGGGCUUGGGAAGUCCCCAAACCUCUAUGUUAAAGUGGCCACGACCCCCUGCCCUCUGGUCACUGCCAAAGCUUUGCAGGGUGUCAAACUCCGCUCCAUCAAGAACGAAAAAGGUCUCACUAGCAUCAUGCUAACUGAUGCUGCAUCUGCUGAUGCUACACCACAUAACCAAGCUGACACAUUGUCAGCUGAUGCUAAUCAUGCUAAUACUCUCCCUGAUCUACCAAACAAAGAAGUUCCUCUAGGCAGUGCUGCGCUGGCUAAUGCUAAUCUUGAUAGCCAGGCUAGCACUGAAGAUACACUAGUUGGAGCUGGAUCACAAAAUGCUGCCUGUCAUCUCUGGAGCAAUGAACCCAACAUAACUUUAACAGGUAAUGCUAACAUCAAUUGCCCUGCCAAUGGUUUUGCAAAGCGACCUGGAUGCAAAUCUGAUCACGAUAACCACAACCUUACAAAACGUGAUGUGGGGACAUCCAAAGAAGAGUCAUCUUAUACUAAUCUACUGAGCCGAGGAGGCAUUGCCGCUAGCCCAGCUAACCAAAGAUGCUCUGGGCCGAAGGUAACCAACGGGGAAACUCCUCAAGACAUCCAGUACAAUGAACAGGAGAAGGAAGACUCAGUCCCCAGCUCAGAUAGUCCCUGGGUCAAAAUGUCUUGUGGUGCUGACAUAAACCACAAAAACACAAUUAUUCAACAUCCGUUUUUGCACCAACCGGUCACGGAUAUAACAGUGCCAGACACUAAGCUAACUGUAGAGAAACAGGGAAACACAGACUCUUCGUACUGGACGCUCUCUGGAUCAAAACAAGAGUCUCACAGAGAAGGCAGAACAACACUGUCAGAGAGCAGAGGUGAGAUAGAGACACAUGAUAAGAAUAAUUCAGAAAUAUGGAACGGUGCAGCUGAUGAGGUUUCAGCAGCAUAUAGGGAUCUUAAACAGAGUAAUAGGAUCUGUCAGCCAGGAAGCCCAAGGAAACUCCGCUCCCCAGAGAAGCCGACCCUGCCAAAGAAGCCCAAUCUUUGCAUUUUGGGUCUCAUGCCAUCCCCUGAGGCCACACAAGGACCAGGUGGGUGGAAGAGCGGUGGACAAAUCACAGCACCUUCUCCUGGGCUCAACAGCCAAUCACAGCUUCCCGCUGAUUCCUUAUGCACACCAUUGCACAGACACCUGACCCCGAGUUCACCUUCACAAAAGCACCUGACUUGUACCGCUGUUGACAAAAUGAUUACUCCUGACAAAUCAAUAAUGCAAACUUUACCAUCAACUGAUGACACUGCCUCACCUGUAAACACAACACCUGCCAACGUCACCGCACACUCACCUGCCAGCUCCCCUCAGAGGCAGAAGCCACCAAUUUUGCACAAGAAGCCGGAUGUCUCAUCGACUUCACCCAAAACAAACAAACCACUCACUGCAGCUAAAGAUAAAGGGGAGGCAUCACGAGGCACCACCGGGACCAGAAGCACCUUAGGGACCGUCUGCGCCACGGGGAUCAUGGCUACCACAAGGGCUAGGAACACUUUAAAUGGGACCAUGGAGAACUGUGGUACCUCAGGAACUUGGGGAACUUCUGAGACCUGUAGCAUCUACAGGAACUCAUGGGUGUAUGGAGCUACCUCCACCCAGAAUGGUAGCACCCAAACUGGGGCAACAGACCCCUGGAUCAUCAAGACAAGACUUCAUAAGGACAAUGAGAGAAUGUUUCAUACGAGCAUUAUGAGAUCAUCGCUGGCUGAAGAUGAAGAGGAAGAGGAGCAGGAGAGGGUGGAAGAGAGGGAGAUGAAGACAACAGGGAUGAUGAUGACGUCUUCCACCGCAAGGAAAAAGGACAAAGCAAGAAAGAGGAGGAAGAGGAGGGCAGGCAGGAAGCUGCUAAUGAUGUCAUCAGCAAUGGAACCCUCCCCCUCUUCAUCGUCAUCAUCAUCAUCCUUGUCAUCUUCAUCCUCAUCUGGAGAUGAACGAGAUGUGGUGAAAGAGAGAACGAUGCCAACAAGUCAGAGGAGGAGGACAAAGACAGUAUGCAAUCAAGACACCAGUGACUCCGAGAGCUCCUGCACUCUGAUUGGUCAAAGCAGGUGCUCCCUCAGCAGUGCGCUGUCCACCGACAGCUUGCAGGGGGAGCUGUUGCUUCCAGACCUCCUGAUACAGGAGGAUGAAGAGGAAAAGAGGAGCAAGGAGGGAGCAGACAGUAGGAGGGAGGUGGUGAAGGAGGCCCGAGGACCUCCAGAUGCCGAUGUGUUCGUCAGUGUUUCGGCAGAUCAGAUGUUUGUCUCCGGUCGACCACGGACGACAGAGGAUCUGUUUGCUGUCAUCCACAGGUCUAAGAGGAAGAUGCUUGGAAGAAGGGAUGCAGAAGAUGGUAGGCUCCGUAUCUCGUCUUCUUCCUCCUCUUCUGCUUCUCCUUCGGACACACCCUCUGUCCCUCUGGCCCGUCUUACCCGACCUGCAGCACUCAGAGAUCAAAGGUCAGCGAGAAGUGAAAGCUUUAAGGCCCUGCUGCUGAGGAAGGGUAGUCGGUCUGAUUCAUCGUCUCGAAUCUCGGCUGUCGAACGGCUUGGCAUACUUGCUGCACCUGCUGCCAUUGGUGACCUUCAGAGUGUGCCGCCACUGCCACUGCCACCGCCACCGCCACCAGACCUCCCGCAAGACAAACAUAUGAGCGUGUCCCGUACCUCAGAUACAUGUGACACUAAUACCCACCUCACUCUGGACGCACCUUUGUCCACAACGUCUCUGUGCAAUCAGAGCUUCUCCAUGAUCGGAUUCGGAUGGGGGCAAAGGGAUCUGAGCUACAAUGACCUAAUCCUCUCCUCCUCCUCCUCCUCCUCCUCUCACUUUCUCUUCCUCUCCUCCUCCUCCUUGCGGCCUCGCUCCCUCACUCCCCCUUGCUCAUCCAGUCGGCGUUUUGCAGCUCGCUGCCGCCUCUACGCCGCCCCUAUGACCGCCAUCUUUGAAGGGGACAGUGAGGAGGAAGAAGAGGACGACGACGAGGUUUUCAUGAAGUCUCCAGGAACCGAAGGAGAAUCAAGCCAGAGGUUGGUCGAGACUUCCUGAUGGACAGGCAACAUUUAGAAACGCAGCUGCGAUGUGGAUCCGACAGGAAGUCCAUGGAGCAUACCUGCGUGAUGCACCUUCCCCAGAAAGUCCUUCCUGAACGUGACAAGGUCUGGGUCUUCAUCUGAUCCCAAUCAGGUUCACAAGCAUGUUGCGCUGAACUCAGCUGACCUCCACCGGACUGACUUACAGCCUGAAGCAUCUUACUGAAUGUACCGAAGCACACUCAGCGACUCUCGGACUUGUCACUAGCAGCCACACUGACAUGUCAGAAAACUACAGAAGCCUGGAAAGGACACUCUUGUGGUUACUCAAGUUGUUUCCUUAUGAUUGUGGAACCAUGAUCUCAAGAAAACAAAUAAUUUUCUUGUUAACUUUACCCCCAGCACCUCGAGUUUAUACACUUUAAUUUAAACUAUGGUUAUUAUCCUGCUUUUUUGUAUUUUGCUUGAUUUACUUUUUUGUUUUCCUACUCGCACAGACGCUGAACUCACUUUCUUAUUUUGUUUGUUACUCAGUUUGUUUUACUAUCUCGCACCAGUGAGAAAUCUAAAUUAUCCAUCCUCGGUCCAGUGAACAGAUUUCCGUCUGACCAAAGAGGACGUGGAAUUAUGUCAGAUCUGGACAUAAGAAGCAUUUUCUUGAGAUCACAGAGUGAAUGUUACAAUAAUUAUAAUAUUGUACAAUAAUAACAAUGUGUAGGCAUUUAUAUUGUAAAGGUUUCCAUGACGUCAUAAAGAAACUUAAGAUUCUUCAGAUCCGACAUUUAACAGAUUAUAAUGAGGUAAAUUCAGCAGUUUAAAGGUAGAGUCUCUGAUUCUAUUAAUAAUACCACUCAAAUCCCAAACUAACACACGCGCUCCUUCAAAAGCUCCACCCCACUAAUUCAUGGACACACAUUGCCAAGGUCAUGACAGUUAGGUUUAGGCAACAGAACUACUUAAUUAGGAAAAAAUCGCAGAUGUCACUAAAAAGAAAAAGAGGCUUUGAGCAGCUUGAACGCGGCUGGAAAGGCCGCGGUGUGUCGUUACAAAAUAUCCGGCUUAAGGUUUGUUGCUACAAAACACUUGUCUUUAGGUGAUUCAAAUGUGGCUUGAAAUGCAGCGAUGUGUUGCUACAAAACACCCAACUUUUAGGUGUGUUGCCACAAAACUCAACUUUUCAACAGCUACAAAACAAGCGAUUGUUUUGUGGCUACACAACGCUACCGAUCAAGCCACGUUAGCUUGAGUGGUUGCAGUGUGUAGCUACAAAACAAUAGGUUUGAGUAACUUAAACACAGCUCAAUGGUGGUAUGUCGCUACAAAACACCCAGCUUUGAGCUGUGAUGCUACAAAACACCCGGGUUUGAGGUGGGUCGCUAUAAAACACUGGGCUCCAAGACAAAUUUCUCUAAGGAGACCAAUAAAUGAACUGAACUGAACUGAACUGAAAUUACUUAAAUGCAAUGGUAAACGGCUGUGCUGUCUAACUACAAAAGAAUCGACCUGAGGAGCUCAAAUGCAGCUGAAAAUGCGGUGGUAUGUUAUUACAAAACACCUGGCUUUGACGUGUGUUGCUAUAAAACACCCAGCUUUUAGGUUUGUUGCUACAAAACACUCAACUUUGAGUGGCUUAAACGUGGCUUGAAUGGCUGCAGUGUGUAGCUACAAAACAAUUGUCUUGAGUAGCUCAAAUGCAGCUGAAAAGGCAGUGGUAUGUCGCUACAAAACACCUGGCUUUGAGCUGUGUUGCUAUAAAACACCUGACUUUGAGGUGGGUCACUACAAAUCACCCGGGUUUGUAGUAUGUUGCUAUAAAACACUCAGCUUUGAGGUAUGUUGCUAUAAAACACCCGGUUUUGAGUGGCAUGAAUGUAAUUUGACAGUGUGUUGGACCAGAAUCAUAAACUCCACCUUUAAUUUAGCGCAAAGUUCUAAUCAUCCGAUCCUGAUUUGGGACGUUUCGAUCAGUCUGUCGUGACAUCACAUCCGGACACAAACACAUCCUGGCUGCAUAAUUUCCAAACAAACUCAAACAAACUGGAUGUUUUUGUUUAUUCUGAUUAUUUCAAACAUUUUUGACGUCAUGCUAAGCUUCUCCUCGUCUGUUUGACUUUACAUUUUUAUAUAUUGUUACCAGCUGUAAGCUGAGACACUCAUGACUGAGGGAUGUAGUUUGUCCUGAACUGUAAAUAACUCGUCUGUUUCUCUCAUGUUGCUUCUUCUACUUCUUUUACUGCUGCUGGAUCUUCACUUAUCAUAGCAUCUUCUUCGGUAAUGAGUCAGUUUCAAGCCUCAAAUCAGAUUAAUUUUAUAAACAGGAGUAGCAGAUAGUGAGAAGACGUAGUGGUCAGAAAGAUGAUGUAACUUUUUAAGGUGGAGGCUUUGAAUUUAGGAACAUGAUUAUUGUGUAUGUGAAUGUCAGAGGUUCAGAUUUACUCUAUUAACAGUGACAUUAAUAAAGUUUAACGAGAACGAUGGAAAGAGAACAUGAGAGAAGAACAGUGACUGAAAACUGUUUGUUGGAGGUUUAAAGGUGGAGAUCAUGAAACAGGAAACGUAAAUGUAAAUAAAGAAAAGUGGAAGCAAUAAAGGACGAACGAAAUUCUGAAA